AUGCUUAUAAGAAUUACUUCCAUAACAAUAGCACAAAAAAACAAAUUUGACACAGUAUUUGUUCUCGACAUAUCAAAAGCUUUCAACUCAGUAGAUUUAGAAAAAUCAUCAAUACUUAUCGCGCGAUUCGAUUCACCAUUUAGCACAUAUGAAUAUCUUAGACUAACCAUUUCGAUGGAGAAAAUAACUAGUAAUAUGGAUUUAAAUUAUUACAUCUUUUUUAGUUCCAAUAGAAAACCAUAG